GGUUUCAUUUCGGGUUUCGUUUUUGUUUUUUCCGUGUGAAUAUAAGAAAAUAUUAAUACGCAACAUUUUCAAGAAAACAAGGCUCUCAUGCAUAUCUUCGCAGCCAUCUUACGCUACUUCUUCUUCAUCUUUCUUGUUCCUUGCCCCAACCCAUUUCAACUUUCUUUGUCUUUGCCCUCUUUUCACGGAAAUCUUGGAUAUUUUGGCUUCUGGGUACUCUAAAGUGAUUUAAAAGACGGGCCAAAAAACUUAGAUUCAAGGGGAGUGAAAUGCUUGCAAAGCGGGCACUGUAGUUACCAUCAUGUCUGAACUGAUUGAAGGGCUCCCUGAUGCUGUUGCCCUAAGGUGCCUAGCACGUGUCCCCUUUUACCUUCAUCCUAAGUUAGAACUGGUCUCUCGUUCUUGGCGAGCUGUCGUUCACAGUGCUGAGUUAUUCAAAACUAGGCAAGAAGUUAAGUCCACUGAGGAAUUCUUGUGUGUUUGUGCCUAUGAUCCUGAGAACCUGUGGCAGCUUUAUGAUCCCCUCCGUGACCUUUGGAUCACCCUUCCUGUCCUUCCAUCACAGGUUAGGCAUCUUGCGUACUUUGGUGCAGUCUCCACUGCUGGAAAACUAUUUGUUCUAGGUGGUGGCAGUGAUGCCGUUGAUCCUUUAACUGGUGACCAUGAUGGAAGCUUCGCUACAGAUGCUGUCUGGUCAUAUGAUCCUGUUACCAGGCAUUGGGCUGUGUGUGCAUCCAUGCUAGUGCCUCGUGCAAUGUUUGCAUGCUGCGUGCUAGAUGGCAAGAUAGCUGUGGCUGGUGGUUUCACUAGCUACAGAAAAUCUAUCUCUCAAGCUGAAAUAUAUGAUCCUGAAAAGGACGUGUGGACAUCAAUACCCGACCUUCAGCACGCACACAAUGCUGCUUGCACGGGCAUAGUUAUACAGGGCAAGAUGCACGUCUUGCACAAGGGAUUGUCAACAGUGCAGAUAUAUGAUAAGGAAACACAGGGGUGGAUAGUUCACGACAGUUCAUGGCUCCAGGGUCCAAUGGCAGUAGUUAAAGGUGAGGUGUACGUGAUGAGUCAUGGUUUGAUUCAGAAGCAGGUGGGAGAAACAAGGAAGGUGGUCGUUUCAGCAUCUGAGUUCCGUAGGAGGAUUGGGUGUGCAAUGAUAGGUUUAGAAGAUGAUAUAUACAUCAUUGGAGGAGUCAUUGAACCAGAACGAUGGAAUUGGGAUAUCAAGAAGGUGUCGGAUGUAGACGUGCUGUCACUUGGGUCUGAGAGGCCUGUUUGGCGGCAUGCUACUCCAAUGACCCAAUGCAAGGGAACUGUAUUUGGCUGUACACAGCUGAGAAUAUAGGUUGGAUGAAUUUCAUUUACGUGUAAACCAUAUUUUUUUUUCUUCUUAAUUUUCUAUAAUGAACUUUUGUAAUAGGAGUACAAAUAUAUAGCCUAUUAGCUACUAUGAAGACGUAACUUGUAGAUUUUUGUUUGUGUCCCAGUCGUUAAUUUUCGUUCAA